CAGGUGCGGUGCGGCUAGCGUUGUUUGUGGCGGCGGUAGGCGUAGCAGUAGGAGAUAUGAAGCGGCGAAAAAUUCACAAAUCGACAGCAAGCCGGGGGCUCAGAUCCGGCGUGCAAUCCCCAAAAAAUCCAGGGAAGAGAGCAGCGAGUCGGAGCGGCGCCUCCUCCUCCGAUGGCCCCCGCUUCGGCAGAUUCACCUGUUACCACGGGGAGGAGGAGAAGCGAUGGCACCCUCCGGCCAACGAAAUCCUCCGGUCCAUACAGAAGCUGUACGACGAGGCGGCGCGGCGGCUGCCCUUGGACGAGAUCCCGGAGCUCGUCGACUGCCUCGGCGAGGUCGGACACUGCUUCGGCCUCGCCGACCCCGUCAGCAACAUCAUCCUCAACGCCAUCGCCCACCUCUCCGGAUCACCGCCCCUCCAACUCCAAGACCACCCACCGCCGCUCCCCCGGAAGAGGACCCGCAGGAGCUACAGCGAGUGGUGGGGGUUCAUCUCAUCCACCUCUCUCAACGGCCUCAUCGCCUUCAUGAAGGUCUAUUUCCGCUACCUCACCGGCGACCAGGCCAGGCGCUACCUCUACCUCGCCUCCUACGACCUCCUCCUCGCCAUCAAGUUGGUCCACCAUGACCGCCAUCUCCCACUCCCGCCAUCCCCCCUCCUCCCCGACGGUGGCAAGAUGAAGAACGCCCUCCGGAUCGCCGCGCUCAAAGCAGGCCACCCCGCGCCCGACGACCUGGCGCGCACCAUGACCGCGCAGUACCCCUCUCAUCUACUCUCCCCUAUCGUCCACAAGCUUCAGGGGUCGGACCUGCUCACCACCCAUGACGUCCAGUCCAUCAAGGACCUGCUCCUCAACGCAUUCCAAUGGCCCCCGCCCAACAUGGACUUCUUGUGCUGCCCAAAUGGUGAGUCUUGUGCUCAAGCCGCCCCCGACCGUUUUGCUGGAAUCUCACCAAAUCAUGUUCAAUUUCAGAAACUCCUAUACAUCUCGGAUCUUACGAUAGAUAGCGCAGCCAUAGAGACAAAGCUAUCAAAAUGCGUAGCGAAAGUGCUUGGUGGUUGUGAAGAACAUGGACAUGUGAACUAUGAUGCCUCCCCGCCAUGUGAGCACAUAUUGUCCCUGAACAUGUGCCUCCUCGACACCAUCCAUUGCUUCUACAUCAGGGCACUUGCCGUGCUGCCCCUGCCCGUAUCAGAUGACUCCAUGCGCCGCGGACGCCUCCUCCGCGCAAUCCUCAUGUCUGGACAAUGCUUCGGCCCCUUGGAUCCCGUAUCAAACAUCAUCAUCAACACCCUCUGGUACGACGCCGCAUACCCUCCCCUGUAUCCAAAGGAUGGCGGUGGCGGCGAUUGUGAGGUUGAGUUGCCGCAGGAUAUCUCUGACACCCAAGCCAUGUCUCGCAUUGCAUCCCGUUCCCUCAACGGCCUUGUCGCCCUACUCCGUGCCAUCACCACCACCACCACUGGCUGCUCGCUCUCCAAGCAUGAGGCCGUGGAGUACCUUUGGUCCAGGCAGUGUGACCUCACUGACAAGCUACAGCAGACGGUGAUGACGAACAAGAACCCCUACUCUGCUGCAGCCAAGGCUUCAGAGCACCCGCAGCACACCAUGCUUGGGUCAUUCCUCAUGUCCCUCUGCGGCGAGAAGCUUGAUCGCCUGCAGCACUUGCUGAGAUCCAUUAGUGAUGGCUCCGGCUGUGUAAUCUCCAACGCUGAUUGGGAGCAGCUUAACGCAAUGAUCCAAGAGCAGCUAACCACGAUGAUUGGCAGAAAAAGACUGCCUCCAUUUGAUACACAAGCUUUAGCAGCAUUAUCGAGGAGAAGGUCAGACUAUGUGAACCGGCAAAGGUUUGUUCGCAGCAAGCUGGAAGAAUUGCUAGUCACAUACUCCAGACAGCAUCCUUGGGAACCAAGAUAUAAGCUUGACCUCAUAUGUGGAGUGGAGGAACCUCAAUCCCACUACUGGAGAUGCUACCAUGCUAACUUCUUGGCAAGCACCCAUGGCACUGUGCUCAAACUAAAUCGUGAGGCAACCACAACACCAAACCCUAAGCGCACACUCUUCUUUGCUCAAUUCUGGGACUCACAACCUGGUCGAUUUAAUGAAUCAAACUCGAAGCCCAUCUGCUGCCCUGUUCAAGAUAGCACAUGUUUUGGUCUUUGCACCACUUGUGAGGGCAAUGCAAGUACAAUUUUGCACCCACCAUCUGGAUAUCUUUUUGAGGAUGAUGUUGAUGACGCCAUUGAAGUUUAUGAUGUUAAUGCUGCUAUUGAUGUGUUUGGUUCUGCUUCGUGCAGUCUUAGUAAAGAUAAAGAUAAAGGCCUGCUAGAGUCAGAUUUCAUAUAUUUUGAUCAUGGAAGGAAUGCAAAUCUUACAAAGAUUCUGAAUGACGACUCUAUUUUAUGAUGAAGACAAUGGUGAUGAUAUAGCUCUGCUGUUAGAUUUGGAGGGGAUUUAUUGACAUAUAUUGAGGUGUGGAAUUAUUUAUCCUCGAACCCCUCCAAUCCCUCUGAACAAGGCUUAAUAUGGAUGAGGAGGGGAUCAUUAUUCAGGUUACAAGUUUGUCUAGUCAUUGUAAUAACAGAAGAAUCUAUAUUUGCUUUUGGACAAUGAGUCGCAACACUGUAUAUUUGUAUAUUUGCUGUAACUAGCAAUGGGGCCGUGCUUUACUACGGAAAUUACAGUAACCCAUACAGAAAAACUGUAUCCCGUCGGAGGGACAAUGUAGAGUGUUCACGCCGCCAAAAUUGAAAGUUUGGUUGAAAUUAGAACAA